GGAAAUAGAGGAACAAUGCCAUAAGAAAAAAAGUGAGAGUUGCAAAAUCGUAGAUGGAACCAGACCAUCCUCUUAUUUUGUCUAGUCAGAUUCUGACGACUCCAACUCGUCGGGCUGCUGAAAUCCGCCCGAUAUCCCAGUCACUUCCACAGGCAUCGCAAUGGUGUGUCCUCCGGAAUCAGUGCAAGACAAACUGCCAAAUGACGAAAAUACACUUCCCGAAGACCAGGAAAUCUUAUACACCCGUCCUGAGUCCAGGUCCACCUCCACCUCCACCUCCUUCAUUACCUGCAACGAUGAACGAAAGAUCGGCAAUGAGCUUCCGCGACGGAGAAACCGUGGCUGUUGAUGCUGAUAGUACGGACAGCAGGAGGGCCGUUGAUGUGGGGAGGGAUACGUACCUAGGGUUUUCGGAAGUGGAAGUGAAAAUGGAUAGGAUGAAGAGGAUUGAAGUUAAUUCGAAUCCAGGCAGCACGUUUCGAAGGGAAUCAGAAGAAAUUAGGGUUUCGAAUAGAGGAUUUUCACCAAAAGGUAAAUUAUCAACUGAAUCUCCCUCUAAAAGAUUGCAAAGUUUGGAUUUUGAAUCUCGAAGUGCGGUUUUGGGAACUCCUAAAGAGAAAUACCGACGAAUUAUUGAAAUAUUUGAGAAUGUUAGUCCAUCUCCUGGAGCUAGUUCAGAGUUAGAGCUUGAAAAUCAGCAAAAUCAUGAAUUUAGUUUUGAAGUUGAUGAAGGAAUUAUUAGGAAAAGAGGGCUUGACUUUUUGACUGAGGUUAUUGAUUCUGAGAGGGAAGAAAGAAACAUGGAUAGUGAAAAACAACAAUGAUGAAGGUAGUAGUAGGGGAA